CUGAAGCCUUCCACCUACAUCGCCGUGGGAACUCUCAUAGGUGGUAUAGUUACUGCCUCGGUUGUGUCGCUCGGGCUGGUGCGGGAACAGCCCCUAGACCCUAAUCCACGAUGGAGAAGAAAUGUUGGCCACCGAGCUGUGAAAUAUGCGGACAAAGCCACAAUGCUGAAGGCUGUCGAUGAGAUCAGACAGAUACUGGGACAGGAUGCUGUCAGUGUUAACGAGCAUGAUAUCGAUGAGCAUGGCUACUCAGAGUGGUCUACAUCCAACACCGACGUUCGUCCGGCAGCAAUUGUUAGACCAAAAUCCACCAAACAGGUCUCAGAUGUUGCUCGGAUAUGUUCUCGCUAUAGAGUUCCGAUAGUUCCAUACGGUGCUGGAUCAAGUGUCGAAGGGCACUUCAGCUCUCCCUUCUCAGGCGUUUGUCUCGAUUUAUCCGACAUGAAUAAUAUUGUUGCCUUCCACCCUGAUGAUAUGGAUAUUGUGGUUCAGGCUGGUGUCAACUGGACAAUUAUGAAUGAAGAGAUCGAGAGCUCCGGACUCUUCCUACCUUUGGAUUCUAGCCCAACCACUCUAGUUGGUGGCAUGAUUGCGACCAACUGUAGCGGAACAAACGCUAUGAGAUACGGAACUAUGAAGGACUACGUGAUUAAUGUUACCGUCGUGCUAGCGGAUGGGUCAAUUAUCAAAACGCGACACCGGCCUCGCAAGAUGUCCGCUGGGUACAAUCUGACGGGUUUAUUCGUAGGUUCUGAGGGUACUCUAGGGAUCAUUACUGAAGCAACCCUCAAGUUGGCCAUUAUUCCAGAUAGCUUCAGUGUGGCGACGGCUACAUUCCCCACUAUCAAGCAGGCAGCCAAGGCCGCUUUCAAGAUGAUACGCCAUGGUGUUCCUCUCGCUGCACUGGAAUUGAUAGAUAAUGUACAGAUGGAAGUGAUUAAUAGCAGUGGGGGGACCGGAGGAAGGACCUGGGAGGAAUUGCCGACCUUGUUCCUCAAGUACAUCAGAAGUCUCGUGUUGCAGCAGCGUACCCCAAUAAUUAACGGUUUUAGGUUUUCUGGCUCAGAGACAAAUGUCAAAGACAGUUUAAAACUAGCCCAAGAUAUUGCAAAGUCUAACGACUGCCAUGCGUUUGAGUCAGCCAAUACUGACGAAGAAAGGCAGUCUUUGCGGUCUGCAAGGAAGCAAGCUCUUUGGGCAAAUCUCGCUGUUCGGCCGGAAGGAACCCAGAUAUGGUCUACUGACAUUGGUGCUCCCCUCUCUCGCAUGGCAGAGCUAAUCGAGAUAUCCAAAGACAAUGCUAGCAAGCUUGGUUUAUAUAGCAGCGUGCUAGGCCAUGUGGGCGAUAGAAAAUUUCACCAAAUGGUCAUGUAUGAACCAGAUGAUCCACGGCAGCGGAAAGCGGUUUCUGACUGCGUUGAUUCGAUGUUGAUGCGAGCUCUGGAGAUGGAGGGGACUGUAUCGGGGGAGCAUGGAAUUGGACUUGGGAAGAAGGCUUCUCUUUAUAAGGAGCUCGGUCCCGAAACAAUCGGAGUAAUUAAAGCGCUUAAGGAGACGUUAGAUCCUCAAUAA